UCAAAGUAAAAGGUCUAAAAGCAAAAUAUCGACAAACACCGAUCUUAAAAUUGUUUGGCGCUUUGUUUACACUGUUUAAAACGAAGCCCUUUGGGUUUUCGCUUUCAUUUUGUGUGCAAAACAGGCAAAAUUUACAACAGAUAUUGCAUAGUGGUUGACUGCAUGACUUGUUGACAUUAUCAGUCGCUAUAACAUUUUCUAUGAAAUUGUCUGGGAAUUUGUCUGGGUAAACUCCUCAACCUAAGUUAUUUGAAAGAGAGGCAAGUAUAUCCCAAUUCUUUAGUUCUUGGGACUGGAAGAUAUUAUUAUAAAUUUGUGUAUGAAUAUAGAAAGCUGUACACUUAGAAAUGUUUUAACGGUUGGCGGCUUAUCAGAUUAGUUUGAGAUUAUUGUGUGGGGAAUAUAUUGUUCAAAUACCUCUCAUUGUGCUAGGAUAUGCGUAUUAUAUUGAUAUAAUCGAUGUGCAUUAACACCUAGCCAAAUUUAACUGUUUAAUAGUCAGCACAGCCAGAUACAGGUAGUCAGGUACGUUUAAAGCUGAUUUACACUGUGAAAGUUCUGGACUGAUCACAGUAGGAAAUUUUGCACAGGUAAAUUCUACGUUUUGAAGGACUAAUUGUAAGAAAUGUUUGAGGGAAAUGACUCUGUGUCACUGAUUCAGUUCUCUCGGACAUUUCUUACAAAUCCGUACUAAUGCAAAAUUCCUACUGUGAUCACAGGAACUUUGAUAGUGUAUAAAACCAGCCCUUAGACACGGCGAUUUGUCAUGCUGAUACAACUACCUGGAAAAUAUAAGCAGAACCCAUUGAGCACCAGCGCUCUCUCCCUUGACGAGUAAAAUGGUCUGGCAUUAGACAGAAUAAAUAAUAAAGUAGGGUGCAAUGCGACUCAAUGGGUUAAGCAUGGAGUGCAUUCUAUAAAUGUGUUCUACUUUAUUAUUUUACCCUGUCUAACUCCAGAUGUUUUUACUCGGGAAACUGCUGGCACUCAAUAUAAUGGUUAAAUUAAUGUAUAUUAUUCUAUCUAGCAUUUAUGGCAAGGGAGAAUGGAACAUCGGAGAGAAUUCUCGAUACAAGAUUGGAACUUCAUAUUUUGGAAUACAAUCUAAGAAUGGCAACAAUUGCCAAAGAUGCGAUUGCAAAUUACACACAUUAUCUUAUCAAAAUUGCUUUGUUGCCUAACUCAAGGUAUAGAGAAGGCAUGGUUUAAUGAUUUAACCCAUUAAGUUGGAUAAAUGUGCUCCAAUGUCCCCUAGUGUGUUAUUCUACUCUGUUGAUGCCAGACGAUUUUACUAAUUGGCAAGGGAAAAGCACUGGCCCUUAGAGAGAGAGAGAGAGACUUUAUUUAUAGAGGAUGACACUUGACAGUACGAAUACUGAUGACUCCGUGGUCCUCUGGAAACCUAUGUGCCUAACCCACCCAUGUCAACUUUCCCUGUGGGAGGAAACACGGAGUACCCGGAGAAAACCCACGACUUUCGGCAGAGCGUUGACUUUUACUCUUUUCACAUGAGACCUGGGUUCGAGUCACAUUGAGAAGUUCUCACUGAGAUUCGAACCUGCCGCCUUAGAGGUGAAAGGCAAGUGUGCUAACCACUUACCCUGCUGUUAAAAUAACAUUGGCCUACGUAGCGGCUCUCAGAGAAAGGAGAUGUCCUUUCUCCGUGAUAGCCGCUACGCAGGCUAAAAUAACAUUCACUUGAAACAACUACCUUUUUCCAUGUUGUAUUAUUAUAGGCCUGGAUUUUUUAGUUUUACUGAGUCAAAGGAAGAUUAUUCCUUAACAUUGGAAGAAAAAGCAUUCCAAGGCAAGUCCCUAAAUCAUACUAUUUUUCAUGACGACAAGGCAGUGCGACUGUAAUAAUCCAUACUGUAUGGAAUAGCACAAAUUUCGAUCUCUGGCUGUUAUGUAAUCCAGAUAUUGAAUAUGUUGUAUUUCACACAAUAUUUAUAGAACUUCCUAAAAGUUCAGGUCUCAGCUGUUCUGAGUGUUUAUGGAAUGUCCUGACGGUGUCAGCUGGUGCGAUGGAUUGCUCGGGUCAUGCCAUGGGAAUCAGCAAGAUUGUGAACUCUAUCAUUCUACCUCUGGCGGACAAUGGCGUAUCACUGUUCUGUAUGUCGACAUAUCAAGGAGAUUUUAUUUUGGUAAAUAAAUGCACUUCUUAAACUCAAUAAUUCAUGAGAAAAUCACAAAGGAAACCAGUACCAUUUUGUUGUCUUGAUGCUAUAGAAAUAAACGCCUAUAAAUUAACAACCUAUCACCUCAAAUACAAGUCCCUUUUGAGAAGUAAUAUAUUAAUAAACUUGAAAGCUGUAUUAAGGUGUAUAAAGUAUGUGAAAAAACUCAGCUAUCAACUCGUUUUUCAACACACUUUUCGCCUUUUACACUAUGUGCCAGUGAUAAGCGGUUUCUCGUUUGUUGUAUAUUUCAUCAACAUUUUCAAAAUUAAAGGAUGAAUUUUAUUGCAACCCGGCAAGAACAGCCCAAAAUGUGUCCAUGUUAUUGGGGUUGCCAUAUUAACAAAGUAUCUUCAUAAGGAAUUUUAUUAUUGUCUUGGACGAACUUGCGUGCGUUUGUACUAACAGUAAAUUAAAACACUAGUGCCUCUUCCGAUAUCCUGCCAUUUGCAAACUUUUUUAUCAGGUAAAGCAGGAAGAUUUGGUGAUCGCUAUUCGUUGCUUAAGUGGAAGAUUCAAAAUAUUUGACGAAGCAGGAUACCACAAUCUCGCACCAAAGAUAAAUGACCUGGAAUCACGACUGGAUGAUUAUGACUCAGGUAGCAUGAAGUAUUGCAGUUUGAAACCAAUUUUAUAAUAUGAAUGGCCUUAUUACUUACUGGCUUAAUAUCACUUGUGAAACGUAGUAUCCAGUGUAGGCAGUUUUCUACAAUGAGCUGCAGUGGUUUGUGUCUGAAAAAGAUACCUGAAAAAGAUAUCUCAAAUGUAGGGGUCCAGUCUAGGUAGUAUUCUGCACUAGGCUGCUGUGAUUUGUGUCCGAACUACCAGAAAAAGAUACUAUCUAAAACGUGAUGGUCCAGUGUAGCUAGUACAGUACUCUAUAUACUGACAAUAAGUUGCUAUGGUUUGUAACUUUGUGUCUGAACUACGGUACCUGAAAACGGAAUUCUGGCGUUUGAAAACCAACUUCUGCCAUUUGAAAAGGGCGUUCUGGCAUUUGUAAACGGAGUUCUGGCGUUUGAAAAGGUAGUUCUGCCAUUUGAAAACCAAGUUCUGCCAUUUGAAAAGGGAGUUCUGGCAAUUGUACAGGGAGUUCUGGCGUUUGAAACCUUUUCAAAGGGAGUUCUGCUAUUUCAAAAGGGAGUUUUGCUAUUUGAAAAGUGAGUUUUGCCAUUUGAAAAGGGAGUUUUGCUAUUUGAAAAGGGAGUUUUGCUAUUUGAAAAGGCUGUUUUGCUAUUUGAAAAGGGAGUUUUGCUAUUUGAAAAGGCUGUUUUGCCAAUUGAAAAGGCAGUUUUGCCCUUUGAAAAGCCAGUUUUGCCAUUUGAAAAGGUGGUAUUGCUAUUUAAAAAUGGAGUUUUGGCAUUGGAAAAGAGAGCUCUGGCAUUUGAAAAGGGAGUUAUUGCGUUUCCUGAAAAAGAUAUCUCAAACGUGGUGGUCCAGUGUACAGUAAGUAUAGUACUCUACAUACUGACAUGAAGUUGCCGUGGUUUGUGUCUGAACUACCGAAAAAAAAAGAUCUCAAAUGGGAUGGUCCAGUGUAGGUAGAAUUUUAAGUUCAGUAUGAUAUUAAAAAGGAUGAAAGUCCUUUAAAAUAGCAAGUGUUUCGUUUGUAGAUUGUCGUAGUCAUCCGUUGGUGCAUUCCAUUGUCAGUCCUUUGAAUCAGUUUCACAUUAUCAGUCUGAACAGCCAACAUUUCCAGUCUCUGAUGCCAACUCUUAUUGAUCUCAUGUUUUAUUCAAGGUAAUUGUUUUACAAAGAGUUAAUCUUCACAAACUAGGGAUGGACCAGCCACAUCUAGGGUUUUUUUGGUGGACGGGAGGGGGGGGGGGGUGCGCGACUCCAUAAUCACCAGAGGGAGCUAUCGGCUGCAGUGUUCUAAGAAAAUUAUCCCCUAGCUUGGGCGAGUAAAGUAGGAAAUGCGCGAAGAAAAAAUGAUGGUAUUUGAAAAGGACUUUGGUGUUUUGCGAAAAUAUUAAGAUUUGGGGCAACUCUCGAUCAAACUACAAUCUUUGCCAGAAACUAUGGGACAGCUGCUGUAAUUUCAUAUAAUUUGAAAGGAAUAGCGCCCCCGUUCCCCCAGUUCAAUGUUGGGUCAACAAAAAUCUGAUGUCUGGAUGCGCGGCGCCAACAUUGAAACGGGUGGGGGGAGGGAGGGUGGAAAAUAUGUAUCAGGAAAUGGUAUAUUACAACCGAAUGCAUGUGAAAACUAGAUUGUCCCAAUCUAUAUUGUCAAAGAUUGUAGAUGUUUGUUGGAAGGUUUUUGUAAGUAGAAAUUGAGAGUGUAAAUUGUGGCCUGCGAUUCCGGUGCAGCGCUCUAACCCAUCGAACUUGAAAUUGAGCGACUACAAUUUUAUCUUCAGCAAGAAACGUGACAUGUUAUAUUAUAUACUUUACUUUAAGCACACGCACACCGCCAUCAGAAGGACACGAAACAUUUUUCCAUUUUUCAUUCAUUGAUGGAGAUCUGUCUGUUGUAUUGGAUGACAAAGAUUUAGCCAGGUGAGCCUAGCUUUGCUUUGGAGUUUAAAAAACUGCAUUCCUUAAGUCCUGGUCGAACGAGGGUGAGAGUUGAAACUCUUGCUCGCGGCGUUUGGCCGCCAACUCUCGUCAACUGUGAAUGGACCUAUUCCCUAAUGAACCAAAUUUUGAUCUAGACAAAUCCGGACAAAAAUUUGAUCACAGCUUGAAAGAGCAUCACAAAAUUAGUAAUAUUGCGAAGUUUCGUUGCGAAAUGUUGUAAAAUGCGGAUAAUAUAGCCCUGCGAAGUUUGCCUUUUUCAGUCCGCAUUUUGUAUUACGCACACGGGAAAUCGAUAUCUUUUUUCAGAAAGCGAUAUCAAUUUCCCAAACGGCAAACUUCGCAGGGCUAUAUAUUAUCCGCAUUUUACAACAUUUCGCAACGAAACUUCGCAAUAUUACUAAUUUUGUGAUGCUCUUUCAAGCUGUGAUGAAAUUUUUGUCUAGACUUGUCUAGAUCAAAAUUUGGUUCAUUAGGGAAUAGGUCCAUUGGAUUGGUUGGUUCAAAUUUUGAUGAGAGUUUUUGCGUUUGGAAAUAUCUAGUUAUCUCUCAUCAACUCUCGUGCAAAUCUUGUUCUCGUUUGGCCGAGGCAUGAGACUCGCGCUUCUCGAUACUCGUAUAUAAACUUUCCGUUUGAAAAUCAAAAUUUGAUUCACGUUCAAUUUACGAGGGGCGUGCAGCUCUUGUUUCAAAUAUAGUCAUAAAGACAUCGAGUGAAUAUUCAUGCCUUUAUACAAUUUUCAACAAUCUUGUAAUUUUCUUUAGAAUUCCAAGUAAUUAUUUUUACACAAGUUCAUUUCGGGAACAAUGGAGGAUUAUUAAGAUUGGAGAAUAUCCUCUUGGAUUUGGUGAGUGCGAUGUACUGUUCUACAGUAUUUUAGUUUUAGUGCAUGGUGUUUCACUGUACUUUGUGUAAUACCAGAUGAUUUUAUUGAUUUUUGUCGGCAUUGGGCAUUAAUCGGAUAAUUCUCCGAUCCGAGUGAGCGUCAUCAAUUUCCAAUCUCGCUAUCUACAGACCUUUUGCUAAAAGUGCGCCCUAUUAAAUUGAAAUUUACAUGCUCAUAUUAGUCUACACCGAACAUUUCGCGUUAUUUGGACAGUUAGGUCGUGAGUUAUGUUUUGAAAUUGCGAGGGGGGGGGGGGUUGUAUGACUGUAGUUUGAGAAUGCCGGUUUCACUCCAGCGACGAAUUCCAGUCAAUAGGAAAAAACUAAAUUUUUAAUUUUCGCGACCUAAUUGUCCAAAUAACGUGAAAUUUUGCGGUACAGGCUAAUUUGAGCGUGAAAAUUUCAAUUUUGGGGUCCAUUUCUGUCCAAUACCAAGAUUAAUAGCGCUAACUCGGAUCGGAGUUUUAAUGUUCAAUUUUUCUAGAUGAGUACGGAGUGGUUGCCCAAAUUGCUGAACCAUUGGUAGAAGCAAAAAUUACAACUUUCUAUAUCAGCUCAUGUCAUCUUGGAAAUACACUGGUAUGUUGGGGUUUUUUCGUAAAUAUUUUGCUGUCAAAAUCUUUUUUACCCAACCUCAAACAUCAAUUAAAAUAUAAAUACCCACCCCUGGCCAAAAACUUUACAAAAGGAUACCAUUCAGUUGUCACACAUUCCUCUCCACUUCUGUGACAUGAGUUUGAUAACUGCUUGUGCAAUUUUUUGCAGUUUAAAAUUUCAUGUUGUCUGCACAUGUACAUUCUUUGGAGACACCAUUUACCUCCCGACAAAUCGGAAAAUGAUCAAGAUAUAGUGAUUCUGAUUGAUUUACAUAUUAUAUUGACAUAUGACUGUUGGCAUUGCCUUUUAGUCUUCAAUUUUUGAGUGAAUCAUGCUUUGGAAAUGACGAUAAAUUUUCAUUACCCAACUCUUGAGUUGUUUUGUUUUUCAUUUACCCAACCUUUUACUCACUCAGAAUUUUGUUUACCCAACCCUUUUCUCUUCGGUGCCACCCCCAUAAAUAAUGACCGGUCCCUAAUCAACCAUUCCCGAUCCUAGGUACCAGAAGAAGACCUCACGAAAGCAUUGGCUAUCCUAAAUGAACGAAGGAAGCGAGCACAGUGACCCAGGAGUAAAUUAGCUGAAUCCAGGUGAGGCGUAUAAUUACCUUGCUUAAAAUUAGGGUGCGUGCAGCCUUCCCAGAAUGCACUGGACUGCGCAGUCUCACGCGAUCAAGGCUAAAUGCGGAAAGGAAAAGCGAGUCGCUCGAGCAAAGAUGAACUUUCGUAAUUUUUGGGCCCAUGAAUUGAUGCUUUUUCAUUUUGAUUUGUGAUGAGAGAUUUUCUGAAGAGUUACUAAGAACACCUGCUUACAUUUCAAAGGCAAGGACUUCCAAAUUCAUGAACUCAUAAUUAGCGUUUUGCUCAGUUAAACGGACAAAUAGUUUUGGAAUAGUUUAGAUGAAUGAAGCAUGCUUUUAUGAGCACCAUUGAACCAUUGUAAAAUUCUACUAAUAUUUAGUAACAAGUUGUACAAAAUAUUUGUUAUAUUUAUAUAUCGGUAUUUAUAAUGAGAGCUUAUAUUAUAUUAAAUUCUCACUUCAAAUGAUGGUAUUUAUACGUAGUUUUCAUUGACUUAUCUACGCUGGAGAAUCUGGCCUUAACAGUUUUAAGUAAACUGUAG